AUGUACAUGCAUCCAGCCUCUGGCAGCCUCUAUGGUCUUGAUGGGACUAUGGUGCUUGACGGCACCUGCAAUAGCGCUCUCAAAAAGCCGAUGCCUACCCGAUCGCUGCUCCCAACCAAGCCUGGCAAGACCGGACCUGGCUCCGUCAGCCACGACAUCUUCCUCAACAUUGUCGACAUGCUUGUUGAGAUAGCGCAGGAGGAAGCCAAGCCUUCAAAAUUCUGGGUCGUUUACAGCCCUAACAAAGAGGGAAGCGUUGCCCUCAGAGGUCGCGACAACUCCUUCCACCCGGACAAGGCAAAGUGGUCCAUCUUCCAGAAGCAGCGUCUCUUUACCAUCCGCCUCCCUCUGCAGAUCUGCAGCAAGACCCGCAGCAUUGUUCACCAGAAGUUCCUUCGCUUCAAGGCCUUUGAGACCUACUCACAAGACCUGGCUGACGUCUGGAUCCUCCCCAAGGUUGACUACUUCUGCCUGCCCCUCAGCAAUAUCAACAUCAACCUCGCCGAGGCGCUCAGCAACUACCACGCCAACGCCGCUCUCCAGCAGAGCCAUUGCUCGCGCUACAUCCUCUACCAGAUUCAGAAGGUCCAGCUGAACUGCCCCCACCAACUGUCGCCGGCGAGCACCGGCUUUGUGAGCUCCCUUGUGGCCCUGCCCCGCCUCACCGAGAUCACCAUCCUCUAUACAGAGAGCUACGGCGUCCACAGAAUGUACGACUUCAAGCCCUUCCAGGCCGGCGUCAUCGACAUCCCCGACAAGCUCACGAGCCUGGUCAUGCUUCGGGCGGAGCACGGCUGUAACUUCGAGGCUUUCUGGGCCCCGUUCAAGGCCAAGGGCGUCCGCCUCCUGGCCAGGCUGAACCCCUCCUCCGACAUUGUGCUCGAGGUCGUCAGCACCCGCGAGGGAGCUCGCAUGCAGUGGCUGCCUCAUGUUCUUGAUGGAGACAUGAUCGAGGAGCAUUAUUGGCGGCUCCGUCUGUAA